UUUGAUGAAUCAGUGAGAUUUUCGCUAUAGUUUUAUUUAUUAUCUAUCCAGUCUUGUCGAGAGGUGUUAUCUAAGCAUUAGUCAUUGCGACAUCUAUAAAAUAAAUAAGAUGAAGUUGUAUAGUGAGAAUAGCUGCUAUUCGAACAAGAGCUCCGGACAAUGAGUAAUCAGCACAUAAACCCAACGGUGCGGCCGGUGGAUCCGUUCGAUCCUCAAGAAGACGCGAGAUGUUUGAAGAAGGCUAUGAAAGGUUUAGGUACCGACGAGAAGAGUUUGACCAAUAUUUUAUCGAAGAGAAGCUACGAGCAGCGGAUGGAAAUCAACGUGUAUUACAAGACGAUGUACGGAAAGGAUCUGCAGCAGGAUUUGCAGGACGAGACGAGCGGUCAUUACAGGGAUGCGCUCAUUGCGUUGGUCACGCCGCUCCCCUGCUACUACGCGAAGGAACUGAACGACUCCCUGAGGGGUAUCUGCACGAACGAGGAUGUCCUAAUUGAAAUACUGGCGACGCUGACAAAUAAUCAACUGAAAGCGGUGAGGAACGCUUACGUGAAAAAUUACGGAAAGGACUUGGAGAGCGACAUAAUUGGUGACACCUCGGGAACGUUUAGAAGGCUAUUAGUAGCACUGAACAAUGCUGGAAGGGAUGAAAGUAGUGUAAUUGAUAUGAGCGCAGUCGAGCGAGAUGCUAAAGCCCUAUACAACGCAGGUGCUAAACGUUUGGGAACAGACGAAGACGAAUUCAUCCAGAUCUUCUGCCAGAGAAGUUACGAGCAUUUGAGGGUCGUCUUCGAGCAGUACAAAAUACUUUCAGGCAAAGAAAUUGAGCAGAGUAUAAAGAGCGAAUUCUCGGGAGAUUCGAAGGAAUGUCUUCUGGCAAUCGCGAGGCACGUGCUGUGUCCAUCUUUGCACUUUGCAAAGAGAAUUCGCGGCGCAUUUAAACUGCUGACGACAAAACAUAACCAACUGAUACGGUUUAUUGUUACCAGGAGUAGUAUCGAUAUGGCAGACGUGAAAAUCGAUUACAAAACGAAAUACGGACACAAUCUCGAAAAGGACAUCAAAAAAUACUCUGGAGGUGAUUACAGCAAACUAUUGCUCGCCCUUAUUGCCGAAAAUUAAGUGGAAAAGAAAAUGGA